AUGAUUACAAGCAAAUACACGAUACUGAGAAGAUCAUUGAGCACCUGUAUCACUGGAAUUGGGAACCCUGAGCCCCAGUAUGCCAUGAGUCGGCAUAAUGCUGGCCUUUUGAUGCUAGAUUUGUUGAAGCAGCAGCUCCAACCUGAAAGAAAGGCUUACGUUCCUUGCAACGCAAACCCAAAGGUAAAGAAAUGCCAGAUUGAUAGAUUACUUCUUUUGAGGGCUGACGGUGACUACAUAAACUUAAGCGGGAGAACUGUUGUACCGCUUUGGCACAAGCUGGGCUCCAACGUGAAGCACGUUGUUGUACACGAUGAGCUUAGUCUACCAGUUGGGAAAGUGCAACUGAGGAACCCAGGAGCUAGUGUCAGAGGGCACAACGGCCUCAAAGAUAUAAAAACACGCUACGGAGAUGCGUUUUACCGGCUGGCUAUCGGCAUAGGGAGGCCCGACGACCGGGAUCCCAAUGUGGUCGCCAACUACGUGCUAUCAAGAUUUCCGCCACACGAGCUGGCUGUCAUUGAAUCUGAUAGCCUAGUCCUAGCAUUGAGGCUUCUCCAAAAAGCCGGAUUAAGCGCCUGA